GUUGGAUGGCUCGUUAUGCUAAAAAACCCAUUAAUAAAUAUACUCAACCAACAGAUGCCAAUAGAAGAGUGUAAACUGAGGCAGCUGAUGUAGAUGAUAUCGAUCUUCAAUAAGCAAUAUUAAAAUUCAAAAAUUUAUAAGAGAAACAAAAAACUCCAUUGAAAAAUUAAAGAACUAAAAGCAAAUCACCUGCUCCUUAAUAAGGAAAUUAACCUAUUGAUUAUUCUUAAUUUACAUUUACUAGCUUAAAAGUAAUUGGGCAAGGAUCUUUUGGAAUAGUUUACAAGGCAAAAGUAAAUGAAACAGGAGAAAUAGUGGCAGUAAAGAAAGUUAUAUAAGAUAAGAGAUAUAAAAAUAGAGAAAUUCAAAUUCUAUAAGAAUUGGAUCAUCCUAAUAUUGUUGAAACUAAACAUGCUUAUUUUACUUAUGGAGAUUCUCCAGAUGAACAAUAUUUAAAUGUUAUUAUGGAUUAUUAACCUGAAACACUUCAUUCAUAUAAUGCAUAAUUUUUGAAAUAACAAUAAUUAUUACCAGAAAUACAGGCUAAGUUAUAUUCAUAUUAGUUAUUACGUGGUAUAGCUUUUGUACACACAAAAGGUAUUUGUCAUCGAGAUAUUAAACCACAUAAUGUUUUGAUUAAUCCAGAUACGAAUAUUUUAAAAAUCUGUGAUUUUGGAAGUGCUAAAAAGUUAUCACCUUUAGAACCUAAUAUUGCAUACAUUUGUUCAAGAUGUUAUAGAGCACCUGAAUUAUUAUUUGGUGCUACAAAUUAUACUACUUAAGUUGAUAUGUGGUCAGUUGGUUGUAUCAUUGGAGAAAUGUUUAAUGGGCUACCAUUAUUUUUAGGAGCUUCAGCAGUAGAUUAAUUAGUUGAAAUUAUCAAAAUACUUGGAUCUCCAAGUAAAGAUGAAGUAUUAUCAAUGAAUGAAUUAUAUGAUAUCAAAUAAUACAAAAUAGUUUAAAUAAGAAAAAAGGAUUGGAGAAAAGUAUUUUAAACUGUAGUUGAUCCAUCAGCUAUUGAUUUAAUUAGUAAAAUACUCACUUAUUGUCCAAAAACUAGAUUGACUGCACUUCAAGCAUUAACACAUUCGUAUUUUGAUGAUCUUAGAGAUGAAACAACCUUUAGGAUGUAUCAAUCAAAAAUUUAAAUUCCUGAUUUAUUUGAUUUCACAAAGGAAGAACUUUCGAAUAAUUAAUCUCUAGCUAAUAAAUUAAUUCCUAAAUGGUAUCAAAAAAGAAAUAAAUGUUGA